AUGUUGGAAGAAGCUCGAGGUGCUUUGACACCUGUUUUUCGAUUGAUUGAUGAAGAAAAAAAUACAAGUUUCACUGAAACAGAAACAUUGGAAGAUUCGGGUUCUCCUGAACUAUCUAUCAACAUAAAUGAUGAUAUUCAGUUUGACAAUGUCAACUUUGCCUAUCCAGCUCGACCAGAUGUCUUCGUUCUACGAAAUCUCACACUGACAAUUUGUUCCGGUCAGACAAUAGCUUUAGUCGGAUCAAGUGGUUCUGGCAAGAGUACAUGUAUUUCCCUUCUACUUCGUUUUUAUGAACCUUUAUCGGGUUGCAUUGCAAUUAAUAAUCGAUCGAUUACUGAUUGCAAUGUCAAACAGCUUCGACAAAAGAUUGGUGUUGUCAGUCAAGAACCUAUUCUCUUUGCCACAAGUAUCUAUGAAAAUAUUCGAUUUGGUAAAGAAAAUGCAACAAAAGCUGAAAUUGAGGAAGCAGCACGUCAAGCCAAUGCACAUGAUUUCAUAAUGCAAUUACCGAAUAAAUAUGAUACGGUUGUUGGUGAGAGUGGUGUUCAGUUGAGUGGUGGUGAAAAGCAACGUGUAGCUUUGGCUCGCGCUCUUGUUAAACAGCCUGCCUUGCUUUUGUUGGACGAAGCAACAAGUGCUCUUGAUAAUACCAAUGAGAAGAUUGUACAAGAAGCACUCGAUCAAGCAUGCAAAGACCGAACAACUAUUGUGAUUAGUCAUCGUUUGUCAGAAGUUCAAAAUGCACAUCGAAUAUAUGUGUUGGAUAAUGGAUGUGUCAUCGAACAAGGUACACAUGAGACACUAAUGUCACAGGAAGGAAGUCGAUAUUGUGAGAUGAUGAAAGCUCAACAAAAAGAAAAAACACAAAAUGAUAUCGAUGAAAAAAAGAGCACCGAACAAAUCGAAGAUGACGAUCAAAGACAAAUAACUGAAAGCUCUCGACAUCAUAGUCAUAGCGAACUUGACAAUGAAAGUAAAGGUUAUGGAACUAGAGUGGGUAUGAAAGGUGUUCACUUGUCAGGUGGUGAAAAACAACGUAUUGCCAUUGCUCGAGCACUUCUUCGUCAACCAAAAAUAUUAUUGUUAGAUGAAGCAACAAGUGGAAUGGACACUUACAAUGAACAGAUUGUACAAGAAGCUCUUGAAAAAGCUGAAACAAUGAAUUCAACUUGCACUUCACUGAUCAUUGCUCAUCGUCUAUCGACCAUUCGUUCAUGUGAUUUGAUCUGUGUUCUUGAGAAAGGAUACUUGGUAGAAAAUGGUACUCAUGCAGAGUUAAUGAAACGACGUGGAGUUUACUAUCGUAUGAUUGUUUGUAACAGUAUUUCAUAA